AAUAGGAUCCCUGCUUUCUACUAUCUGUUCCCGUCUUUGUGGUGUCAGUGUAGUAGUGGCUGUAGGACCUGCCUUGAAGUUCAGGGACUUUUAACGCCGGCCAAAGAGCGACUCCUGCACAGACCCGGACAGUCAGUCAGUCAGUCAGUCCGUCCGUCAGUCCACCAGCCCCGCCGGUCUGCGCAUCCGUCCGUCUGGCUGCACUUCACCUGAGAGCCAGUUCAGACUCUUUAAUCACACGAUGGAUUCCUGGACAGUCACCUCUGCUCUUCUUCUUCUUCUCGCUGGGGUUAUUUCUUCUGCGGCUUUUAGUGUUUUCGACACCGAGUGCUACACUGCCAACGGAGAGGACUACAGGGGCUUCCAGAACCAGACCAGCCUGCACGGUGGUAAACCCUGCCUCUUCUGGAAUGAGACGUUCCAGCACCCUUACAACACCCUCAAAUACCCCAAUGGAGAGGGUGGUUUGGGCAGCCACAACUACUGCAGGAAUCCUGAUGGGGACGUUCAGCCGUGGUGCUACAUUGCAGACCAUGAAGACGGCAUCUACUGGAGAUACUGCGACAUCCCUACAUGCCAGAUGCCUGGGAACUUGGGCUGCUUCAAAGACAGCGGAGACCCGCCCACUCUGUCCGGCAGCAGCGAGACCUCCAACAAACUCACCAUCCAGAACUGCAUUAGCUUCUGUAGGAAGCAGAGAUACAAGCUUGCCGGCAUGGAGUCAGGAUAUGCCUGUUUCUGUGGCAACGAAGUUGACCAGCCUGACCAUGGCGAGUCGCCUAGCAUGGAGUGUAACCAUGUUUGCUUCGGCGACCACACCCAGCCCUGCGGUGGAGACGGCUGGGUCAUCAUCUUCGACACCCGAGUCGGAGCCUGCGGAGGAAACUACUCCGCUCCAUCAGGAGUAAUCUACUCACCUGACUUUCCUGACAAGUACGGAGCUGGCCGUGUUUGCUACUGGACUGUUCAGGUUCCUGGAGCCUACGCCAUCCUCUUCAACUUCACCUUCUUUGAGAUCUCCGACCAGACCGACAUGGUGGAGCUACUGGACGGCUACAGCAACCAGGUGGUGGCACGCUUUGACUGGCGCAGCCCUCCGAGGGAGCUGGUGAACGUCACCGGGGACUUUGUCAUACUGUACUUCUACUCAGACCGCACCAACCAGGCCCAGGGAUUUGCUCUGCUUUACCAAGCACUGAGAAGCCAAGACACCAGAACAAUGGAGGACGAAGGAGAGGGCGUCUCCAGCACGGCGGGGCCCCAGGUAGCUGGUGGCGUCACUGAGAGAUCCAACAGCACUUCUAACGGACGCUCCACUCAAAUCCUCUACGUGAUCACGUCCAGCCCCGGUAAACCGGAGCACAACAUGCCAGGUCAGUGGGCUGGACGCGGCGAGACCACCGGCCACAGCGCUAUGUGGACCAUUUACGCUCUGGCUGCUCUCCUCAUCCUGACAGUCAUAGCCAUGGUGGCGAAGCUGCUGCUGCAUAUCACGGUCAAGUCCCCAAACAUCCCAACAGUCAGCGGUUCAGACAGCUGCAGCCAGAGCACGGCAUCCUCUGAGCCUUGGAUCAUCCUCUACCGACCCUCCACCAUCUCCCUCUUCAAGAAGAAGCUAAAGAACCACCACGGCGACCUCAGCCCCCUGGUGGGCAACUAGCGCCACUGUCGCGCUCCACCGUUAACCAAAUGCUACCGCCACCCACCACCACUCUGUACAAGGGCCGUCAGAUGCCAGGCCCUCAGACAAUGAAACUAUACGAGGCGCUACGCCAACAAGCCAACAACUGAGUGGCUAAUGACAACUGACUGAGUGACUGCUACUAAACGGCCCGUGGGCCAAAGUGGCCGGGCCCUCCCAUCCUGCCCAGCACCAAAGAAGAGGUGGACAGGCAGGGCUGUCAGUGACCUCAAUGUGGGAAAGGAGGGCAAAGGAGUACAGUAGAUUGAGGACAAUCUGCAGCUCUGACAAAGAUACAAGGACGCUUUUAACAUGCGGGAAGCUUCUCUGCUUCAGCGAGGCUCUUUUUCCAUCACCCACGGUCGUCCCUCACAGUCAACAUACCUCCAAAAACCCUCCAGACUGCAGGCUCACCAGUGAAAACACAACCUAGCCCGGUGCAGAUUAAUGGCUAACUUCACUGUCUGUGUUCAGUUUAGGAAACAGGGAGGCUUACCUCUUCCUGGUGCUUCAGAGUCACAGCGGCAGCCAACUCUUCAUCAGUACCAAGGAGAGGAUGAGGAAAUGGAUACACACACACAUAUGGUGUAACACUUAACAGCUUAACAGUUUUGUAGAACUCUUCUAACUGCCUCACGUGGACGACAUACACUUGCAGCCAAAAACCAGAAUCCUCCCAUCCAAAGAGUUAUAUAUUUAUUUGUCUUUUUGAUUCCAUAUGCAAAGUGCUAAUGUUUCUUUUGAUGUGUUUUACGUGAUAACGAGCUUUCUGAGGAGCGGGAACCGGGACGCCGAGCCGUCACACACAAGGUAGAUAUCAGAGCACUUUGGGGAUGAAUCACUCUCCGUAACACGAAAAGAUCAGAGAGACAGAGAGACAGAGAGAGCGUGCUCUCGCCCACGCGUUCACUUGGCGUUCAUGUGGAUUUGGGUGGAGAGAUAAGUAGCGUCAUUCACUUGGGAGGUUGGGUGGUGCAGUUUGCAGACAAACUGCCAUUUAGGGAGGCUUGGGAAGAUCUGAGGGCUUUUUCUGCUCGGGUGUGGGUGGGAGUCUUUCCGGUCUGAUGGUGUUCAAGUGCCUUAAGGAUCUCCUCUUCGUUUGUCUCAGAUGCAUCACAUCUGUUUCUUUCACGGGGUCCCUCACAAGAGUCUGCACUUCUUUAAAAUUAGCGUGGAUGUGAGUUUCAUUCCAAAAUAGGAUUUCCACCACUUAGAUGUAAUGUAAAAAAAUGAUGCCACAUCUUGUACAGUGAUUGAAAGCAUUUCAUAUUCGUCUUUUUAGUACACGCAACUGAACACCUCUCCAGACUCGAUCUUUUACAUUUUUAUUACAUGAUGGACAUUAGAUGAUUUUUUUGUUUUGUUCUCCAAAAUGAACACAUAGCCUUUUGGGAUAGAGCUCUUCAUGUAGUAACGGACAAGGCUUUAAAAGACAUUUUUGUUUCUAAUUUCUGUGUGUGCUCUUAUGUGUAGUCUUGGACAUUUACUGAACAUAUUGUUCACAUUAAGUUGUCUUUUGAUUACAGGGGGGAUGAAUAUUGUUGUAUAUUAUGUAAUUCAGUGUGGGAAUGAUGAUAUUUAUGUCCACUCUUUCAUUUUGAGAAACCUGUUAAAGCACUUCCUUGUCAACUUAAAGGGUAAUUUUGGUAACUUUCAACCUGGACCUUAUUUUUCCAUGUUUCUGAGUCUACAUGACUAAUGGAGAUGAAUAAUUUUAGAACAGGUCCAGUAUGGAAAGGGAGUGCUGUCGAUGGCAGAAGCAAAACAGGCUGCAAUGUAAGCAUUCAGGGCAACUGUACACCAAUCAAUUAUGUCCACUAAAAGAGUUUGUUUUUUGCUGCAGGCUCAGAUUGUAAUUAUACGUGUGAUAACAGAGAAACAUUUUCACUUGAACCAUUCUGUUUGUUAUUGUGUUUAACCAAGUCUCCCUGGAGGAGAAGUCUCGUUCUGUAAUCUCCUGAGAGAUGACUCGUUGCAGGAAAAACAAUGGUUAAAACUUUAAAGUCUGUGUCCGUCCAGGCAGCGCUCGAACUUACCAAAUUAGUCGGCAACAAGUUUUACAGAGAGACUUAAGUAAGAGAUAUAAAAAAAGAGAAGGAACAACCGUAACAUUUUCACUGACCUCCCUGUUGCUUUCUGCUGUUUGCUAACAUGUCACGCAUUAGAAGGAAAUAAAAAGCAAAAACACACAGAAAGACACUGGCAUGGGAAAAGAGUCUAUUGCCCAUAUUUAGCAGGUUUUCCCGUGUUUAAAAAACUCGCAUACACACGCUAUAUUUGGUUGAUGAAAGGAUAUUAGUGUUAUCUUAAUGAUUUUCUUAAUGAUUUUUUCACCAGACUGUCACAGAGCUGACACAUAGAGACAGACAACCAUUCACACUCACAUUCACACCUACGGACAAUUUAGAGUCACCAAUUAACCUGCAUGUCUUUGGACUGUGGGAGGAAGCUGGAGUGCCCGGAGAGAACCCACGCUGACACGGGGAGAACAUGCAAACUCUGCACAGAGGGGCUCCCACACCCAAGAUCGAACCAGCAACCCUCUUGCUGUGAGGUGACAGUGCUAACCACCACACCACCGUGCCUCCCAGGUAAAAAACAAUUAAGUAAGAAAAAACAGAAACCCCAAGACUGCAUAAAAUUGGUGUUGCUCCAUUGUUUCUGUGGCGACCAAGCCGGCUGAAGGGGAUGGAUUUCCGUUUUUAGUCCUGACUAAUCAAUAAGCCGGGUUUUCUUCUUCCUCGUGUUUUUUUUCUUCCUGGUCAGUGGUCGUUUCGGGUAAUACCGCCCCCAAACGAGCAUUGUCCAGGAGGUUUGGUCCGCUUUAAAAAGUGCAGUGUGAAAGUGAACCCAACCAAAUGAAGGUGUCAAAUGUUUCAGCAUUCCCCGCCCAAUCGAACCGAGUCCCCCGAGUAUCCUGGUGUGAAUGUGCCCUUACACACAAUAACAAACAGACUGGAUCAUGCAAGAGGAAAACAAGUGAAGAAAAAUGUUGAAUUCCUCUGUAGGAUCAUCCAAUAAUGUUGUCGGACACUUUGAAUAACAAUCUGAGCCUGUCAGUGGCAAAAAGCUCUUUAAUGGGUGUAAAUUGACGAUGCUAAAUGCCCUGAGUGGCUGUUUUGCCACUGUCAGCUGCAGCGCUCUCUGUUAUUUAAAAAAUAGUUGAACACUCAGACACCAAAACAUUGUAAAACAGGGUCCAGGUUGGCAAUACCAGACUUUCCCUUUAAGGUGGAAUGCAUUUUUUUUUCUUGGACAGCAGUAAAUUGCCUAAAUUCUAUAAGACCUGGGAGCUUUUACUUGUCACCUUGAUUUCGGGCCAAAAGGUCGAGUGCAAACAAUAUACCCAGACAGAAAUAUAACCAGAAGCACUCAAUGGCACUAUGCACAACCUGACAGCAGGUUUGCAGCUGUGACGGUUUUCUGUGCAUUGCUGUGACAUUUAAACUACUUGUAAAAGGUCAAAAUCUACUCGUUCGCCAUUGGCAUAGUAAUUGGGCUUUCCUGUCUUGGGACGAGAUGUUUCUUCAGAUGGUCAACCCCAAAAAAUUCGUCUAAUCGCUGUCAGGAUUAAUAAAGGAGAGGUUCAAAACGUCAGUGCACUUGAUGAAAUAGUACUUAUUCACUUUUGCAUUCAGUUUCAGUGGAAAAAAAAAAAAAUACGUACUUUGUGCAGCAACCUGAGCACUUGAGACAAAAGGUUAUAUUUUA